ACUGGCCCUCGCUCUCCAAUCAAUCUUCUUUGCCCAAAUAUAAUAACAUACAAACCCCCCUUUUCCUCUCUCUCCCCCAUGAUUUUGUAUCUGUACAGCUUCGCUGUACCAUUAUCUCAUCAAACACUUGUUUUCUUACACUGUUAGGCUGUACUCUCUCUCUUUCCUUCUCUCUCAGACUGAUAGAGAUCGAGAGAGAUCGAGAGAGAGAGAGAGAGAGAGAGAGAGAGAGCUCCUAUCUUCAUCAUUUCAAUCCUCAAAAAGCUAACAUGGAAUCUGGGUUCCACAAGUAUAGCUUCUUUGCAGCUUCUGCAGCUGUUAUCGUUCUGAUUUCAGCAGGUCUCCGCCAAGCAAUGGCGGAAGGGGAAGAGGACAUUGGUCAUAACGUGGAGGGACUAACGUCGACGGGCUGUGACUUCUACCAUGGGUCGUGGGUGUUGGACGAUUCUUUCCCACUCUACGACACCUCGAGCUGUCCCUUCAUUGAUAAGGAGUUCGACUGCCAGAAGAACGGCCGGCCUGAUAAACAGUACCUCAAAUACAGAUGGAAGCCCACCGCCUGCGACCUGCCAAGGUUCAACGGCGAGGAUUUCAUAAGGAGGUUUAAGGGGAAGAAGAUAAUGUUUGUGGGGGACUCACUAAGCCUGAACCAGUGGCAAUCGCUGAUAUGUAUGCUUCAUGCCGCAGUGCCGCAAGCAAAGUACAACUUGGUUAACCGCCAAGCCUUCACAUUACCGGAAUAUGGACUGUCGGUGAUGCUUUCCCGUAAUGAAUUCCUCGUCGACAUAGUUUCCGAUCGAAUCGGCCGUGUUCUAAAGCUCGACUCCAUCGAAGGCGGCAAUGCGUGGAAAGGCACCGACAUGUUGAUCUUUAACACUUGGCAUUGGUGGAUCCACACAGGAAGCAAGCAACCAUGGGACUACAUUGAAUUAGGAGGCAAUGUGUACAAAGACAUGGAUCGUUUGGUGGCUUUUGAGAAAGGAUUGACAACAUGGGCCAAUUGGGUGGACUCAAACAUUGAUCCAGCCUCAACAAAGGUCUUCUUUCAGGGCAUUUCUCCAACCCAUUACGAUGGCAGGGAAUGGAACCAGCCCAAGAUGAGCUGCAAUGCCCAAACACAACCUGUAAGUGGGUCGACAUAUCCCGGAGGUUCGCCUGCGCCGGCAGCGGUGGUGAAGAAUGUGUUGGGUAAGAUGUCGAAACCGGUAAAUCUGCUCGACAUAACGACACUAUCACAGCUGAGGAAAGAUGGUCAUCCCUCUGCAUAUGGCCCGGGCGGGGCGAAAGGAAUGGAUUGCAGUCACUGGUGUCUUGCAGGCGUUCCUGAUACUUGGAAUGAACUUCUGUAUGCAUCUCUUGUCCUGUGACUGAAGAUAGGGCAUCAAUAACAGCCAAAGUCAAAAUUAUCUACCAAAGAAAAUAUACAAGUUGAAAUUAGAAGCAAUUGUAUCAAUGCAAUUUAUUUUCUCUAAAGUCAAAUCUGUCCAUGUCCAUUUAUCCAAAUCAUCAAAUUUGGCCUAUUGGCAUUCUGUGGUUUACUGGUUCGACCAAGCAGACCAGUUGCAGCUUGAACCAAGGAUUUCCAUUUGUUUGCUGUUUGCAACUGUGUUUUGGUUCUACUACAUGAUACAACUUUUUAUA